AUGGCUGAAGCUGAAGAUCAGCAAAAUUUUGUUGCACACAAUGGAGAUCAAGUAAAAGAUCAUGGGCUAGAUGAGGUGCACAAUGGGAUACAGUACCAGGUCGAUGAUGAGACCCUUGGUCACCAACCGUACCAGGUUCAAGACCCGAUUCUUGAAUCUCAGCAGUACGAGGUUCAAGAUCAGAUUCUUGAAUCUCAGCAGUACGAGGUUCAAGAUCAGAUUCUCGAAUCCCAGCAGUACGGGGUUGAAGAUCAGACUCUUGAGCCUCAGCAGUACGAGGUUCAAGAUCAAUUAGAGUACCAAGAGUACCAGGUGCAGGACCAGGCUAACGAAGAAGCUCAAGAUCAGCAGCAAGACGAACUACAGUAUCAUCCAGAAAACCAGGAGCAGUAUCAGUUGCAAGACGAGGCUCAUGAUCAGGCUCAGUAUCAGGUGGAGGGUGAGCCACAAGAUCACAAUGGUGAUGAGGUGCGAGAUGAAGUAGAAGGUGAGGAAGGAAUUCCCGAGCAUGAGGAGUCUCCACUGAAAUCAGAGCCUGAAGGAGGUGCAACAGUUGGAGGUGAGGAGAAGAGGUGGCCGGGAUGGCCCGGAGAGACGGUGUUCCGCAUGCUGGUUCCUGCACAGAAAGUAGGUAGCAUCAUUGGUCGCAAAGGUGAUGUCAUAAAGAAAAUAGUUGAGGAGACAAGGGCUCGAAUCAAGAUUCUCGAUGGUCCUCCAGGCACAACCGAAAGAGCUGUUAUGGUUUCUGGAAAAGAAGAGCCCGAGUCAUCUCUACCUCCUUCUAUGGAUGGCCUUCUGAGAGUCCACAUGCGGAUAGUUGAUGGUCUGGAUGGUGAAGCUUCUCAGGCCCCUCCGCCUACAAAGGUUUCAACAAGAUUACUAGUCCCAGCAUCUCAGGCUGGAAGUUUGAUUGGAAAACAGGGAGCAACCGUUAAAGCCAUACAAGAAGCAUCUGGUUGUAUAGUUAGAGUUCUUGGAUCAGAGGAUUUGCCCGUUUUCGCUCUUCAAGAUGAUAGGGUUGUUGAAGUUGCAGGCGAACCAACAAGUGUUCAUAAAGCCCUGGAGCUGAUUGCAUCACAUCUCAGAAAGUUCUUGGUUGAUCGUAGCAUCAUCCCAUAUUUUGAAAACCAGAUGCAAAAGCCAACUCGCCAGAUGGAUCACAUGCCGCCACAACACCAGGCCUGGGGUCCACCUCAAGGUCAUACCCAAGGUAGUGGUGGAGGUUCUAGCUAUGCUCACAACCCACCUCAAUAUAUGCAACCACCUCCUAGACAUGAUAGUUACUAUCCUCCUCCGGAGAUGCGUCCACCUCCAAUGGAGAAACAGCCUCACCAAGGUAUAUCUGCAUAUGGAAGGGAGCCUCCUAUGAACGUGCAUGUAUCAGCAGCCCCACCUAUGCUCGCUCAGCAAAUUACGCAGCAAAUGCAGAUUCAACUAUCUUACGCAGAUGCCGUAAUAGGGAAUUCGGGAUCAAACAUAAGCUACACUCGACGUCUUAGUGGAGCAACAGUAACCAUUCAGGAAACCAAAGGAGUACCUGGCGAAAUGACUGUUGAGGUCAGCGGAACUGGCUCACAAGUCCAAACCGCUAUGCAGCUUAUCCGGAACUUCAUGGCGGAAGCUGGAGCGCCUGCACCAGCACAGCCGCAAACUGUAGCACCAGAGCAGCAAGGCUACAACCCGUACGCAACACACGGGUCAGUCUACGCAGCGGCUCCAACGAAUCCGCCUGGAGGAUACGCCGCGGAUUACAGCUCAGGCUACAGCUCAGGCUACGGUUACUGA